AUGAAGUUGACUGAAGACGGAGGUCCGACGUCAGUCUGCUUGGGGGAGACCAGGUCAGCUGCGGAUCCUCAGGCCAAAAUCUCGAUGCUUGGCGGUGCCGCUUUAUUUGUUUGUCCACCAAGUCCCAACGUCCAGGACAUACUUGCUCCUCACGUUCUCUCGGCCACCCCGACUUUCUCUAAUGGCCGCAUUGAAACCUGUGGAAUGGACAGUGAUGACGAGUUCCUCGACGAUGGCUUCGACUUCGACUCUAUCCCCGCAGGGACUCUGCUCCAACUCGAGCAGAAGGCCAGGCAAGCUACUCAAGUGCCGCCUCACGAGGCCCCGGGUCUUCAGCAGAAUGGAAAUCGACUAAAUAAGCCUUCGCUUCCCCAAGCCCCGCUUCCUCAACGCCGAGAAGCUAGCUUCUACAGUAAUGCAGAAGUUGUGGACUUGGAUGCCGAUAUAUUGGAAAAAGAUGAACCCAUAGGAGGUGUUGUGAAUUCGAAUCCGCGAAUCGUGCCCACGGUCACACACGCUCAGGGUUCUGGCCAGAGGCAAUAUGCUACAAUUCAAGGACAACAACAGGUCCCGUCUGUCGCCGAUUCAAAUGCAUUUAUACCAGAGCACGAGUUGAGAGCACAGAUUGAGGAGCUUUCACGCCAGCAUCAUGCGAUCAAUAAUCAGUUGAUAUUAGCGAGAGAAGACGCAACAAAAAAGGCCGGUGAAGUAGCCAUUCUGAGGGCGAACCUCGUCAAACAAGCCCAAACUUUUGAGCGCACGAUUACUUCUCUCAAAUCACAACUAGCAGAGCAGACAGCAAAAAACAAAGGAGCUCAGCAGGCGGCUAUCGAUGAUCGGCAAAAACUAGAAACGGAGAAUUUGUUUCUAAGGGAAGAACUUCGGGAUGAGACGUUGAAAGUGAAUAAUCUUCGGAUGAAGAAAAAAACCGAAGCUCCUCAGACACCAAGAAAACAGAGAACACUUCCUUUCCGUGAUGGGUUCGAUGACGACGAGAUCGGAGUGCCAUCUCCUACCAGAUCCUCUGGUGGACGAUCGAAGAGAGGAACCCCAACAGUUGCUGGGAAACGGAAGCGAAAAGCCAGCGAUGCUCCAAUACCUAUGGCUCCUCUUCAGUUAAGCCCGGGUAAUCAGGAUUCUAUGGAGUUACAAGCUCCAGCUCCGAAACCAGGCGAGGCUCCGAACAAGGACCUUGGUUCUGUAUCAAGGGACGAUGUUGACGAUGGUCUCCACAUGAUGCAAAUCUUGAACCACAAAACAUCUCCAAAUACUGAAACCGAUUUGGAGGUGUUGGCUCGGCUAGCAUUUCCGUCUGAACCGAAUCGAAAAUUAUCCUCCAUUGUGCUGGACACGAUGUCUGGUGUGACGUCCAAUUAUGCCGUAAAAUACGCAAGCUGUUUGGUAUUGAUAUGGGAUCGUGCCAUGCGCGAUAAGUUUUAUGAGCCGAUACCUUUGUUUAUGGCUUCGAUCAAAUUCAUUCUCUUGCUUGAUUUGUACACGAUUGGCCCUCAGCUGAUUAGUGGACUGGCUGGCGUCCUCCAAACGACAAUUUAUCUUAACGGUGCCACUCGGUUUGAACACUCCGCUGUGUCCUCGAAAGUCAAGGGAGAAAGUCGGAAAACUCCACGCGAGCUACUUCAUAAGGAUGUCGAUUCGACCUGUGCGCUGGAGAUUAUGUAUCUCUUAGCACUAGCGUCUCGGCAAGAUGAUGAAUCUCAUCAACGUCUCUGGUUCGAUAUUAAAUUUGAUAUACUGUUGGUGACUUUAAAUGACCACCAGCUUCUGCAGGAUAUUGUGUUAUCUCUUAAGAUAAUCUCUACUAGUCUCCGGCGCGGCUCUUUUGGGUCUAUUCAAAACUCUGAGGCGGACCAGAGAGAGGUUGAGUAUCACUACAUUGAACGUAUAACAUGUCUACUCUAUCAGCGUAUUGAACCAGAUGAAGGCGAGGCAGACUACCUUCCCUUGCAAAUCUGUGAAAUGCGUCUAGAAGCACUCAACUUUCUCGAAAUGAUCACUUUCUACACUUCCGAUAUCAUGACGGACCCCAGUAAGAACGCUAUUCUCUCCCAUCCAUUGGUGCUCCCGCGUCUAUUCCGAUCAUUAUACGACGAAAUGGAUCGCUUGUACACACUCGAUCCACAGCACCCACAAUAUAGUAUACGAACAGCCUUUAUCAAUCGGACGAUGCAUCUAAUCUACACUUUGAUUCGACACGGGGGUGGUAAAAACCUCAACGAAGGGUUAUCACGUUUAGUCGGUACAAAGCAAAAGCACCGUCUUGUGCUCUCUCGGCUGGCAUUCAGCGAGGGCCAGUUUCUGGAGUCUGGCAUAAACGAGGAAACGAUGGAGAUGGCUCGCCAGCUGCUUGAGGAAGAAGAUAUGAGUCCGGAGGAGGCGGAGGCGCUCUUUGAUGCUUUCCCCACUGGUGGACGGCUUAGUGGGAAGGAGAGUUCGCAGGUUGAAUAA